UCAAUACUGCAUACAGCUGAGAAACUGGCAAAGGUCCUCCGUGCUGCAUUUUCAGCCUCGGCCAAAGAAAGAGAACAACUCCCACGACCGGUCGGCUCAGUCCGCUGCUGGAGGGGCUUUCUGCGAGGGGCAUAGCACACACACACACACACACAUACAAUUACACUCUCUCUAACACCCUCUGGAACCUCUGCUGCAUCGAGAAGUAGAGGAGGAGAGCAGAGGAGGGACACAUAUCCUGGGAAUACUCUGACAAAGAGGGCCAAUCCCAGAGAGAGACUGAGAGGACACUAGUGGUAAUAUGCUACCAUGCUCUGCAGGAGAAGCUGAGCUCCAGGGAGUUUGACAGGAUCUCGGUGCACCUGCUCCAUGCACACUGUGUGAUGAGAAAGUUAAUAGCACCACUCAUCAUCCUAAUCGAGCUCACACCCGGGCGCAUCAGUAAGCUGCGCCAUCGCGCUGUGUGUGCGGCCCGGCCCAAAGAUCUGACCAUUCCUCCUUUCCCUCUUCCCCUCCCUCCCUCUCCCUGGGCGUCCCUCUCUCCUGGGCCCAUCAUGGGAGGAUGCUUCUCCAAACCCAAACCAGUUGAAGUUAAAGUGGAGCUCUCUCUCCUGGACAAAGAAAAAGAGGUGGACGGCCCGUCGCCUAAUGGAAAAGCAAGUCCCUUUGCUGACUGCAGACCUAACGGGGCCCUGGGGCAUGGCUCUGAUGAGGACUCCACCCUGCUCCCACUCAACCAUAAACCACGGGAUUAUGUGGAGGCCACUGUGUGUCAUGUAAAGGACCUGGAAAAUGGACAAAUGCGAGAGGUGGACUUAGGAAGCGGCAGAGCUUUGUUGAUCAAAGAACACGGGGAGUUCGCCGCCAUGGGCCACAAGUGCCCCCACUAUGGUGCACCCCUGGUCAAAGGUGUGCUGUCAAAAGGACAUGUGCGCUGUCCCUGGCACGGUGCCUGCUUCAACAUUGCAACUGGAGACCUUGAGGACUUUCCUGGUCUGGACAGCUUGCCUACUUUUCAGGUCAGAGUUGAAAAGGACAAGGUGAUCAUUCGUGCGAACAAGCAGGCUCUGCAGUCACAGAAAAGAUCAAAACCCAUGGCUCGAUGUUCAGCUGUCAUUAACUCCAGCACAGGUUUCAGCCACGUCCUCAUCAUUGGCUCAGGUCCAGCAGGUCUGGUGUGUGCAGAGACUCUGAGGCAAGAGGGCUUCACAGACCGCAUCGUCAUGUGCACCAUGGACAGGCAUCCUCCAUAUGACAGGCCUAAACUGAGUAAGUCCUUAGACAGCACGGCAGAGCAGCUGAGACUACGCUCAGUGGACUUCCUGCAAGACCAUGACAUCGAACUGCUCACAGAGAAAGAGGUUGUGGCAAUAGAUGUGAAGACUCGAUCUGUGACCUUUGAAGAUGGCUUCAGGAUGGAAUACAGGAAGCUCUUCAUUGCAACAGGAAGCAGACCAAAGCCGAUGAACUACAAGGGUAAAGAUGUCAGGAAUGUGUUCCACCUCCGGACACCUGAAGAUGCAAACAGCAUAGCGAGGCUCGCCAACAACAAGAACGCUGUGAUUGUGGGAACAUCAUUUAUUGGUAUGGAGGUAGCUGCGGCUUUGACUGACAAGGCCCAUUCAAUUUCUAUCAUUGGGGUUGAAUCAGUUCCAUUUAAAAAAGCUCUCGGGGAGAAAGUAGGCAAAGCCAUAAUGAAGCUGUUUGAGGUGAACAGGGUGAAGUUCUACAUGCUGAAUGAGGUGUCAGAGAUGAUUGGCCAACAUGGACAGCUGAAAGAGGUGGUCCUGAAAAGUGGGAAGGUCCUGCGGGCAGACGUGUGUGUCAUCGGUGCAGGGAGCAGUCCAGCAACAGGUUUUUUGAAGCAGAGUGGCAUCCACCUGGACUCCAAGGGCUUCAUCACUGUGAACAAGAUGAUGCAGACGAACAUCGAUGCGGUCUUCGCCGGGGGGGACGUGGUGGUGUUUCCUUUCCCACCUCGCAACAACAAGAAGGUGAACAUCCCCCACUGGCAGAUGGCUCACGUUCAUGGCAGGGUGGCGGCGCUCAGCAUGAUGGGCAGAGCCACUGAAAUCAAAACUGUGCCUUACUUCUGGUCAGCCAUGUUUGGGAAGACUAUUCGCUAUGCAGGUUACGGUGACGGAUUUGAUGAUGUCAUUAUCCAAGGAGAUCUGGAUGAACUGAGAUUUGUUGCGUUUUAUACAAGGAGUGAGGAGGUGGUUGCCGUCGCCAGCAUGAAUUACGAUCCCAUUGUAUCCCGAGUGGCAGAGGUCUUAGGCUCCGGAAAGACGAUUAAGAAACGAGAUGUGGAGACUGGAGACAUUUCUUGGCUGAUUGACAAAGGCUCCCAUUGACCGAACAUGUGAAGACCGCAAACGACAGACCAAAAGGCCACUGGACACCUCAGUAUGGACACAUAUGGUGCUGACACAUUGAGCAGCUAUCCCGAACUUUUCAAACACACAAACUGUAACUGUCUGAGUCUGAGACACACUUCACUGAGGACAACACAGCAAAACGUUUUGUUCCUAAGAGACACUUUAAGGUGACAAAUGGAGCCAUACAUGGAUGGAACUCACUGACUUGGCAGGUAUUUUACGGAAAAUGUUAUAUAACAAAGCAAUACUCUGUAUUGAGCUGCCGCAAGAUGUAUCUACCUGUACACUUUUGUUUAUAAGCCGCCAGAGAUGGGGAUUGAUAUUGUUUUGUACAAAUAACAUUGUAAAUAACUAUAAUCCUGAAUGCACUGUAACAUAAUAAGCGCAGAUCAUUUUUGGUGAAUUGGUUGUUUGCGUGCAUACAGACCUUUGAUCCGCAUGGUGUAACAUGAUAUAAGCUCAAAUGAAGUCCCAGAGCAGAUAUUCAGAUAUUUAAAAAAGCUUAAAUCUGCAACAUUCUGCAGAAACCUGAAUGCAGCUUUAACUGACUUUCUCACAUGCACAGCUUUAAUUUAUGACUAAUUGUUAGAACGAUGACAUACCUCUUUGAAUUGGUUGCCUUGCUUGUAGAGUGCAAAAUAACAAUUUUAAUCAAACUAACUAUAUGAAUAACACACUAGUGCUUGUGCAAUAGAUAAUAGUGUUUUCUAACAAAAGAGAUUACUCAUAUAGAUAAAUGCAAAAGUAGAUUUAAGUUAUUUUUGAUAGCUGCCACCUCCAUAGGGACAAUGUUUGUUACUAACUCAGGGAACUGAGGUUUGUGGCAAGGGCUUUCUGGUCCUUUCAUAAGGAGAAAUUGUUGCUUCAAUAUUUUUCCCUUCAGUUACUGUAAGUGGACUGUUUUUUUUCUCAUUUUCCAUUAAAUAAUGUUGUAAUUUUCCCUGAGAGAUAAAACAGAUGUUUGAUCAUUCUGAAGCUUCAUGCGUUGUUUCAGCUCUAACACAUGACUGGGUAGAAGAAAAAAUAUAAUGUCUUCUACAGAGGUGCCUGGAAUGGCGUUUUUAUAACUACACUUUUAAAUAAAAGGAUUCCAACAACGCUCCCUGCUCCGAGAUUACCUUUAAUCUCUCCUAGUAAUCUCAUCGUUGUCCCCUUGCAUUCUUAAGGUGAUAAUAAACCA